AUUUACUCUUCCUCUCUCUUUACAAUUUUUAGCAUACGUAUACUGCUAGUUUAUCAUGGUAUCAGAGCACCCAUAAGCUCGAUCCUGAAAACAUGGCGAAUGGAGAAGACAGUGCAACGUCCGGUGAUACCACGGCGAAGAUCGAUUACACAUCGCCGUAUUUUUUGGGUCCUCAAGACCGGCCCGGUGAUUACAUUACUUCAGUCCGUUUUAACGGCAACAACUAUGAUGAAUGGUCAAACGCAGUUCGUUUGGCUUUACGCGCAAGGCGUAAAUUUGUGUUCGUUGACGGAACUAUCACAAAACCAACACCACCAUGCACCGAGGAUGAUUGGCUUACGAUACACUCGAUGAUUGUGUCGUGGCUGUUGAAUAUUAUUAACGCCGAUGUCAAAUCUACUUUGGCUCACUAUGAAGAUGCUGCAAAGCUCUGGCAAGACCUGAAGGAGCGUUUUGCUUCUGCCGACGGGCCGCGUAUACAUCAAACCAAAACUGAUUUGGCAAGAUGUGUGCAAACCAAAGGCAUGGCAGUAGGAACGUAUUUUGCAAAAUUACAAAGUUUGUGGGAUGAUUUGAACAAUUAUGAACCGCUCAUUGCGUGUACGUGUGGUAAAUGUACAUGUGAUGUAACAGGUCAACAUGUAAAACGAAGAGAAUCGGAGCGAUUUCACCAAUUUUUGAUGGGAUUGUACACUGAUUUCUUUGGUCCUACUCGUUCGCAACUUUUGACUCAAACUCCCUUACCAAGCUUGAACCGAGCCUAUCAACAGGCCAUGCAAGAGGAGCGUGUACGUGGCUUUGCCCAGGCUCAUGAAGAACGUCCCGAUGUGUUGGGCUUCGCUGUGCGGACCGAUGGAAAAGGGGCUGGACGUGGAGCAAAGACGGAUAAAUCCGGGUUGAUUUGCACAUUUUGCAAAUACUCGGGUCAUGAAAUUUCUAAUUGUUUUGAACUUCAUGGUUACCCGGAAUGGUGGGGAGAUAGACCGAAACCGGGUAUAAAAGGAGGAGGACGUGGCAAAUCACAGAACUCCGGUGUGGGACGUGGCAAACCUCCGAUUAAAACAAAUGCGGCAGUAACCGAUUUGGUAGCAGAAACCAAGGCCAAGGUCUCGUUGGGUGGUGAUGAUAGCCAGUCGACACCACUGCCCCGGAUUCACACCUGAACAAUGGAAAACCUUGAUGACUUUUUUUGGUAAUCCUAGCAGUUCUAAUGACCGCAUGACAGGACCGUCACUCGAAGAAGCUGAUUGGAAUGGGUGAGCGGAGGAAUGGACUGUACUACAUUCGGGAGGAACACUCAGCACAAAUUUUGGCAGUGAGAGAAUCAAAGGCAUCUGAAGUUGGAUUAUGGCAUCAAAGGUUGGGACAUCCAUCCUCGAAAGUUAUUGAAUAUUUAGUUCCUGUGAGUGGUCUUAAGGUUAAGGACAAUUUUCCUUGUGAUGUUUGUUUUAAGGCAAAGCAGACAAGAGACACAUUUCCUACUAGUCAGAAUAAAACUCAUGAUGUGUUUGAAUUGGUGCAUUGUGAUUUAUGGGGUCCUUACAAUACCCCUUCUUCGUGUGGUGCUAGAUAUUUUUUAACUAUA